UUUCAGCAUCCGAAGUUACAUGUCCAGCAAAAGCUUCGUAUCCCUUAUAAUGGAAUUUUUCUGUGUUCUGGUUUUUCUGGUUCUGUUGAUAUACAGCACAGAUCGCGCAAAUGGACGCUGUGAACGAAUUUUAGAUUUGCAACAUGCCACAGUGAACUAUAGAGCGCGGGGUUAUGUAAGAAUCAGGUGUGAUCGCGGCUAUUCUCCGCAAGGAGUUAUUAUUAAAGCCUGCGAUCAAAGUGGUCUUUUGCGUGGGGAAAAGCCCUUUUGUGCCAAAAGAGGAUGCGGGGAGCUCGAUAUUCCUGAACACGGACACAUUGAAAAGAACCCCUUGAAGGCGGAAAUCAUGUGCUUCGAAGGCUAUGUGCUGGUUGGAAGUCGCACAGCCUUCUGCGAUGGAUUCAGGUGGAGCACCCAGUUGGGAUUCUGUCGGAGGAGCAACCACACGGGCGACCACUCCUGCGACUUCGAGAGCGAGGAUCAGUGCGGCUGGGAGGCGGAGUCGCACUACCGGCAACCCUGGAGGCGGGUCAGCGCGAUGUCCGAGUUCCACUCCGUGAAUACGGGUCCGCACCACGAUCACACCUUCGGCAGCCGAUCCGGCGGACACUAUAUGCGCAUGGAGAGCCAGCUGGGGGCUUUCGGGAGCUACCACCUGAUGUCCCCGAUCUAUCCCAGAGAACUCAGCCUGAAGACCGCCUGCUGCUUCCGGUUCCAUUACUUCAUGUACGGGAGCGGCGUGGAAAGUCUGGUGGUGUCCGUAAAACCCGUCUCGAUGACGAUGAUCGACAUGUGGAACAGGUUCAGGGCCAACUCAAGCAAAUUCGAGAUGACUGGUCCCCAGGGAACCCGGUGGCUGGAGCAUACAAUCACCAUCGACGAAAUGCAGGAGGACUUUCAGGUGAUCUUCUCGGCCACGGAUGCGAGGUCCAAGUUCGGGGACAUCGCCAUCGACGACGUGAAGCUGAUGACGGGGAGCGAUUGCGGGGUGAAUGGGUUUACGACCACCACGGAGCCACCGCCACCAACGAUAACCAGCGGCGAAGAGCGUUUUGUCUUCGACAUGUUGAACUGCACGGGUCGCUGUGGAUCUCCGGAUCCAGGUGUCCAAAUCACCGAAAACGGUUUCGUCAUGGGUUGUGGUUGUGACGAGGGAUGUCUAUCGGAGAGUACUUGCUGUCUCAACUAUUUAGAUGAGUGCCAGAAAGAUAUGGACACAAUGCCCUUCGAUGAUCUGAGUUCACCAGCACCACAAACAACACCCACUACUACAACUACCACCACAAAGAAGCCAGACACAACGACGGCGAAAACAACAACGACCACAACUACAACAAAGAGGACAACCACUUCGACAACGACAACAACACCAAAGCCACGCACAUCCACAAAGAGCACAACCACCACAACAACCACCAAAACCCCGACAACGCGAAGAACUUCAACAACAACGACUUCAACAACACCAAAGCUAACAACAAAGAGUUCAACAACGCCAAGAACAACAACCACUGCAAAAGUAUUUACAACUAAAACAACUAAGGCUAUAACAACAACACAAAAAACCACAGCCGCAACCAAAAAGUAUAUGACAACAACCACUAAAAUAACAACAACGACACCUCCAACUUUAAGUACCCCAAAGAUCGCAGUGAUCGGCACAACCGAGAAGACGAGGAAGCGCAUUACUUGGAAGGUUGAUCCGAAGGAAAUCGCUGGUCACAUGGACACGAGCGACAGUUCCCCGAAUCCAGCUUUAAUAGUCCUGUACAUGCUCGUCGGCUUAGUCCUAGUGAUAGUACUGGCCAAUGUCGCCCAGCGCUGGAUAAUACCACUCAGUAGAGCGAGAUCUACUACCGAGAAGGCCGUGAGUUUCAAAAAGGCAUUCCAGAGUCUGAGGAAACAUCGGAGGAGAAAUAGCAUAACUGAACCAUUGUGCGACACCGAUAACGAGGACGGCGACUAUUUCGAGGAAACGGGCGUGGACAUACGCAAUAGGACCGACCUAUGAGGGUGACCUAUCGGAAUGGGGAAAAGCCGCCAUCUGAGUUACAUUCGCUUAUCCCUAUUAUGUAGGAAGUUAUAAAAUAUUAAAGCAAGAUUAAAAUAGAAAACGAA